CUAUCAACAUCUGAAAUUAAUAUUAAUGCUCCUUUCAAUAAACUUGUUUCAAAACAAAAUGAAAAAUUAGCUCUCAAAAUUGGGAAAUUCAUGAUUGAAGUAUUUAAUGAUGCUAAAAGAGGAACUCUCAGUGCUUGGUCUUGGCCAUCAAGAGAAGUUGUGCAAAUUAAAAAAAGUCAAUUAAAUUUAUUAGAACCACCUAAAAAAAUUGAUAUUAAAGAAGGUGAUUUACAAUACAUUAAUCCAACAACACAUAAUGAAUUAUUGAACUCAAUAGUUGAAACAGACAAGCCAUUGUUAAUGAAUAAGCUGAAGACUGCACUAGCUAUAUCACUAAGAGUUGAUGGGUCUGUUGAUAGAACACAGGUUGACAACAUUCAUGUAUUGGCUAAAAUAAUAACUACAAAUGGAGAUUCUGAACUAGUAUUUAUAGGUUUUAAAGAACCUAUUCAAAAAAGAGCGAUAGGAUAUUAUGAAGUAAUUAAAUCUUUAAUACGAGAGUUAAUGUCAUUUGAAGAUUUUUUAUCUAUUUUGUCUUCAAUUGCAACUGAUGGAGCAAGUGUUAAUAUUGGACAAAAAAAUGGACUGUGGGCGUUAAUAGAUUCAAAUAGAUGUUCUAAUAAUAUCCAAGGACCAUUAUUAAAAAUGUGGUGUGCUGUACAUAGAAGUGCCUUAGCAUGGGGGCAACUGACAUCUAAUGUAAUUGAAGUGCAUAAGCUUAUUGUUGCAUGUUCGGGUAUGUCUUCAUACUUUCAUCAAUCUGGUCUCAGAACCAAAGAAUUGAAAGAUAUAGCAAAUGAAGAAGGUAUGAGUUUUAUCCAGUUGCCAAAAUAUUUUGAAGUGAGAUGGACUGAAUUUACAUACAAUUUACUUCUAGGAAUUCUAAAAAAUUGGCGUAUUUUAGUUAAAUAUUUUUUAAAAAAGAAAUCAGAAAAUAAUGAUGUUAAAUCUGAAGGAUUUUAUAAAAUAUUGACAGAUUAUGACAAGAUGAUGUUGCUUUGUUUUUUGACGGACCUCGGUUAUCUUUAUGGUAGAUUUCAAAAGCAAAUUCAAACGGAUGAUGUAUUAAUAUUUGAUAUAGAAACAAAAAAAAAUACAGUUGUCCAAAUGAUUGAAAAUUUAAAAGUGAGCCCUUUAUUGGGUGGAUGGGAAUAUGAGUUCAACAAAAAUACAAUUGUAACUCAUAAUUCAGAAUUUGAAAAAAAUAUUAUUAAACUGCAUAACAUUGAAUUAUUUGAUAAAAAUCAACAAUCGAGAAGAAAGAAACAUAAUUUAUAUGUGUCUGAUAAACGUUCGUUUCUCGCAAUACGAAACGAUGUAAUUGAACAUAUUGUUAAUUACCUCAACACCCGUCUUGAUUCAUCCGAAUGGCUUCCAUUAAAAGUUUUAGAAAAAGUAAGUGAUGCUGUAAGUGACGAAGAACUUCAAAAAGCACAUCAAGUGAUCUGUCCUGAUUUUGAACUAGCUGAUUUUGUUACGUCUUAUAAAGAAGCUGCUGGGAUAUCAAGUAUAAAAGAUAAACAAUUGUCAUCUGAUCUUCUGAAGUCGUUAUUAUCUAAUGAUUCGUGGAAACCUCUUAGCACUGCUGUGGCUCGUAUUCUAUCUGCUAAGCCACAUUCGGCAGAUGUUGAAAGAUUAAUUUCUUACUACAACUUAUUAAAAACGGCAACAAGAUCUUCUCUAUCUCCUACAGUAAUAAAUGAUUCUCUGUAUGUGAAAAUAAACAUGCCGGCAUUAGACGAGUUUGAUCCUCAACCAGCUGUCUUUAAUUGGUUGAACAAAAAGAAAAGGCAUUCUAAAAUGCAUACACAUGCGAAAAAACAGGAAUGGUAUCAAGGGGUUUUUGAUGAAGUUAAAGAAAAAUAUGAUUUAACAAACAAUAUUGAACUUGGAAAAAUACAGUUUUAAAACUUUUA